AUGGCCGAAGAAGCGCCCAAUUCAUCCUGGCAUCCGGCCAUGAUGCCCAACCGGCUGGAACAGAUCGCGCCGCCCAAGGUGGACGCUACACUCCCGUCAGACGCCAAUGGUGCAGCCACGACACCUACGAUACCCCAAGUGACGCAAACCCAUGAUUUGGGCGAUGCCUGGAUGGACCGGGAUGGUAAAGAAGAUGACGGCGAUGCUUGGCUAGUGUCCGAAGAGCCGACUGCGCAGUCCAUCGACGUUGAUGCGCCAGAGGCUACCCCUAAGCAUCACAUCUCCGAACAUACCCCUGCUACACUUCCCGAUCCUACGACCGAAGCGCAAAACUCACUGAACUCUGCUGCGAAAUCUUUGGAGAUGGAGCCCGCUGUGACCGACCCGUUUGCUGCGAACGAAGACGACGAUACCGAUGCUUGGUUUGCAGAGCCGCCGGCCCAAGAGCCUCUGCAGCCUCAAACUGGGCUAGCCAGUUUAUCGAGAAAUACCGAGCUCGCCAAAGUCGAAGAUUUCGAGCCUGCUGAUCAACAAACUGAGCACAGUACAACGAUGGAGACCAAGGCAGCACCGCAGCCAGCACCGCAGCCAGCAGAGUCCCAUCCCCGAGAAGCUGAACCACAGUCGCCUACCAAGCACGACGCUGAGACAGCUAAAGAGCCAGAGCCAGAGGUACAGGUGACACAGCCAUCGCAUCAGCUUUCUCAGCAUUCAAGCUCCAUGUCUUUCGCUCGGACCGUCUCCCACGAAAUCAGCUUCAAUGACGAUGACGAGAGUGACUGGGCACUCUCCCGAUCCAAUACCGACCAAUUCAAAUUCAUGUCCCCAACCGACCGAACAAACUCCUUCCCUCCAGUUCCACCAGCGCAGACCGCCGAGAACCUUUUCCCUGCACACCCGCUACCUUCUUCACAAGCCCUCGACGUUGUUGAAGAAGUUGACAAGAAUCCAUUCGCCGAGGCCGAUCCAGAGGAACCGAAAAUGUUCUGGGAAAACGAUGGCGCCGAUGAUCAUGCACAGGGGUUUUUCCAAACAGUUGGCGGUGAGAUUGGGGAUUCUGCUACAGAAGCAUCGCAAUCUCGCUUCGAGGAAGGCCUACCACUACUUCCAGCUCACGCAGAAGCUGUCGCAAGUGAUGCUGAGCAAUCAAAGAACCCUUUCGACUCCUUCGAGGCAGAGGACACAGUCGACGAUUUCUUCUCCAACGUCCAGCACAGUGAGCCUACUGACGACUUCUUGGCUCCGAUUCAGCGCAAGUCUACCAUGCAAGUUAUUGGGAAUACCCUAAACGGAGGACCGACCGUACAACAGCCUGCAUUCGACGCACUGGAAGAACACGCCGACGAACAUCAUCCUAGCCAGGCUCCCACGGAUGCAUUUGAUGCAGCGGUCAUGGAUGAAAGUCAGCCAGACGCCGCCGAAGCCCCGGCUGAUCUCUCCGCGAAGUGGCAGGAAGCCUUUGGAACUGGGGACGAUGAUGACGAUUUUCUUCUGGACGACAGCCGCGUUGAUGAUGCGGCGGUUGAUACUGCUGGCUUCUUGGGAAGCGAUGAUGAAGGCCUCUUGGACGAAGAUGACGAUGUGCCCGCUGUCACUGAGCCAAAGACGCCUGCAACCAACCCAUAUUUUCCAACUCCGGCCCAGACACAAUCUCCAUCUGUUUCUGCACCAUCAACUUCCUAUGGGUAUGCAGCGCAGCCUCCACAGCAAACACCCUACGGGGGCGCGUUUGGCUAUGCCCCAGCUGUACCGCCUCAAACUGAUGCUCCAAAGGCUGAGAGCUUUGCAGACAAGGCCAAGGGCGGAUACUCUUCUCCAUAUGACCUGCCAACGGACCUCGUCAGCAUGAAUGUCAAGCCUCGGAAGAGACCAAGCUUGCCAACCGCGACCCAAGAACCAACUCAUCCACCCAUGUCUGCUCCUCCACGCCCAGCGAAUGCGUACGCGCCGCCUCCUGGGCCAUCUGCAUCCGCUCCUCCCACGCAGGCGCCACCUUCUCGAUCCGUCAGCCGACAGGGUGGCUUCUUUGAAGAUCUCCCUGUGACCGCGAAACCACGCCCCGGCUCGCGUUCAAGUCAUCGUGCCGCCUCGCCUACCAAACAGUAUGGCAACGCAAGCCCGACUUCUACUGCGCCUCCACCGCCUGCCCUGAACCAGCAGUACCAGUCGCCGCCCCUGGAGCGGUCUACGGCGCCAGAGGCGUCCGUUCUAAACUUGGUCGCGCCGCCCAAGGUAAAUCCGUAUGCCGCGUUGCAGACAGGCUCUGCACAACCCCCAGGGCCGGCCUCCAAUGCUACUAGGUACUCUCCAUCUCCCGCUCAACUACACAAGGGAAGCUCAGCUCCUCCACCUGCCGCGCCAAACCGUUUCUCUCCCGCGCCUCCUCUGCCGCGCCAAAACAGCUCACCAACUCAGAUUGUUACUGCUUCCGCGUCGCAAACAUACCUUCCACACUUGCCCAGAACUUCAAGCCCCUUGGCUCAAUUUGAGAUCCACCACGACAAGUCUGCUACCGGUGCUGAUUCUGGCCAUCUUGACAGACGUGCUAGCUAUAACCAUGAACCGAGAUUGAAUCGCGUGUCAUCACUUCCGCCAACGCGGGAGGUCGAUGAAGAGGAGGAAUCACAGGCCGCCAACCUGCCUGGAGCACCUCACCAAGCUCCCUCUGCUGCUGCAAGAUACAGCCCUGCUCCCCGGCAGACCCCAGGUGUACCGUCUAGUCUGUCACCCCAGAAGCGUAAUACUAGCAACUACCUGCCUCAAUCUGCGCCACACCAACCCAACUUUGCCCCUCCCGUUCGGGCCCAGACACAAUCUCCCGGAGCCACUCGCAGUACUCACCAGCAAGCGCGCCCGGCCUCUGCUCAUACUAAUGCGGCCCCAACUUUUGGUCAAGUUGCUCAGCAGACACACGCGAUGCCCGUCCGCACUCGAGGUGCAUCUCUUACUAUGAACAUGGUCCCUCCCACGGAUGGUCGCGAACAUGAUCCACUUCAGCGCUGGCAAGGUGUCCCCAUUCUCUCCUGGGGAGUAGGCGGUGCCAUGGUGACUUCAUUUCCCAAGAGCACGCCGCGCUACACCAUGAACCAAUCGGCGCCGACGAUGCUGAGAACCCCUGGAGAGGUCAAAGUCAAGAGCAUGAAGGAGAUCGAGCCGUUACCCGAGCAGCUGGCGAAAUUCCCAGGUCCUCUGCGAGGCAAGUCGAAGAAGAAGGAUGCUCUGGCCUGGUUGUCCUCCGGAAUUACCGCACUAGAACGCGAAUUGCCUGAUGUCUCCCUGAGCCCUCAGCUAUCGUUGGAAGCAAAGAGAUCUAUCGAGCGACUGCUCCUGUGGAAGAUUCUCCGAGUCUUUGUCGAAUUCGACGGGCACUUGGAAGGAUCUCCGGCCGUUGACAAGGCAGUUCGGGAAGUUUUGUCGGUAAGAGGGAAGGAAGAUGACCUGCUGCCGACUGGGUCGAGCGUCAGCCAGAUGGCGCCACUCACUGGCAUGAAGACUGAUGACGUCGGCUCCGCUGCCAUGGAAAGCAUAAAAGACAGCCUGCUUAAAGGCGACCGUGAAUCGGCUGUCUGGGCGGCUGUUGACAAGCGCCUUUGGGGCCACGCUAUGCUGAUUGCCCACACUACCUCACCUGAACUUUACAGCCGAGUGGCGCAAGAAUUCGUACGAAAAGAGGUCAACUACCCUGGUCACAGCAACCGGUCUCUUGGCGCAUUCUACAAGGUUCUGUCUGGGAACUUUGAGGACUGUGUUGAUGAACUGGUACCUGUCCACGCGCGUGCUGGUCUGCAGCUGAUGUCUACUGAUGCAGACUCGGGACCAACGCAGGAUGUUCUAAGCGGCUUGGAAAACUGGAGGGAAACUGUGUCCUUGAUACUCAGCAACAGAAGCGAUGAUGAUAUCCGUGGGUUAAAUGCCCUCGGAAAACUCCUAUCAGGCUAUGGUCGGGCUGAAGCUGCGCAAAUCUGCUUCAUUUUCAGCAGGGCCAUUUCUGUCUUUGGUGGCGUUGACGACCCGAACGCCGACUUCGUCUUGGUUGGCGCAGAUCAUCACAAGCAGACGGACCAGUUCGCUAAAGAAACUGAGGCACUACAGCUAAGUGAAGUUUACGAGUACGGUUUGACGCUGUCCGGUGCCGCGAAUCUCGCAGCCGGUGCCCCUCAUUUAGCAGGGUAUAAGCUUCAACAUGCGACAGUACUCGCUGAACAUGGAUACCGUGAUAAGGCUCUACAAUAUUGCGAUGCUAUCCUCACUUCCAUGAGCGCCCAAACUCGCCGAUCACCAUACCACCACCCCCUUCUGGAGGCUUCUGUCGACGAUUUUAUGAGACGUUUAAAGCAGGCUCCCAAGGAUGAUGGUACAAGCUGGAUGUCUAAGCCAAGCAUGAACAAGGUUUCUGAUAGUAUGUGGAAUCGGUUCAACAAAUUCGUCUCUGGAGAUGAAGAGGGCAACGGGCAAGCUGGUGCAGAUGGUGAACAUGGCCCGUUCGCUCGCAUCGCCUCGACACCAAAUAUCAGCCGCUCGCCGUCUGUCUCGAACUUCGAAACUUAUGGAGCUUCACCCAACUACGGAGUGCCAGCUUUGCCUCCACAAGCCUCAGCAGCGAACUCUCGAUAUGCCCCAGCUACAACCCCUGCUGCUGCCACGGCCCAGAACCCAUAUGACUUUGUCUCACAGCAGCCAGCUCCUGUGCAACAGCAAAUGAAUGGCCGUACGUCGAACGAAUACAGUGCUAGCCCCUAUGAGCCUGCCUAUCCCAGCACCGGCGGCAUUGAUUCCGGAUACCCUGGCUUCAACAAAAGCGCGCCUGAGCUGUCGCAUCAAACCAAUCAGCCUGCAGUCUCCUCUUAUCAUCCCCAAGCAUCAAGCACCGCUGCUCACCCUUAUGGUCUACAACCUUCUCCUAGCAUCACAGCUGAGCCUAAUUCGAAUGCCAACUAUGGCUACCAUGGCUACCAACCUACUACCAGCUAUGAGCCGGCCCAGCCUGCUGAGGCCGACGUCCCCAAGGUCGAUGACGCCGCCAAUGUCGGGUACCAGCCGCCCACCACGCAGAGCCAUGGAUUUGAGCCGCCAUCGAUGCAGCCUUACGGAUACGAUCCUCCGUCAACAGAACCACAAAGCUACGAGCCUCAGUCGACACAAUCGCAAGGCUACGAGCCGCCAUCAGCGGAGCCGCAAGGCUAUGAGCCUCCUUCUGGCCACUUCCAGGGAUACGAAGCACCAUCGAUCCAGUCUUACGGCUAUGAGCCUCCCUCGUACCAGCCCGAUAUGAACAAUGAUGCCGAAGACGCCGCGCCCAAAUCAAAGAAGAAAAGCUUCAUGGACGAUGACCAGGAUGUCAUCCCAGCUCUGAAGGCCGCAGAUGGCAAGUCCAAGGCUGAUUUAGAUCGCGAAAAUCAAGAAAUGUUCAAGAAGGUUGCGGAAGAAGAAGCCAAACGAGCUGCAGAAGCAGCCGCAGCCAAGAAGUCAGGCGGCUGGGGCUUCGGUGGCUGGUUCGGUGGCUCCAAGAAAGCGGAACUUGGAAGCGGCGAGGCAUCACCUCAGAAGGCCAUCAAGGCUAAGCUGGGAGAAUCUAACAGCUUUGUGUACGACCCUGACCUGAAGCGGUGGAUCAACAAGAAGGCUGGCGCCGAGCAGACUGAGGCUCCCAAGGCCGCGCCGCCUCCGCCGAGAGGUGGUGCGCCUCGCUCCGUCAGCGGUACGCCUCCCCCGAGUGCUAUUGGCCCGCCUACCGGAGUCCUGGCACGGUCCGCGUCAACCUCCAAUCUCAAGGCGGGCACCAUGCCGCCCCCUACCAGUGGCCUGGGGAUCAGCGCUCCGCCGCUCAUGAUGCGCUCCGACUCCAACGCCAGCGGUGGCGGCGCGCCGACGCCGCCUAGUGGGCCGCCGAGCCGUCCGGCCACGAGCAUCAGCAACGCCAGUAGUAUUGACGAUUUGCUGGGCGCCGCUGGACCGCGCAAGGCUGCGGGCAAGAAACCUCGCAAGAGUGGCCGCUACGUGGACGUCAUGGCCAAAUAA